UUCAUCGCCCGGUGGACAUCAAGAAUCGUCCCCGUAUCCCGAUUCCGGACGAGGAUCCGUACAGUGUGGCCGGCAACGGAGGCGGUAGCUCUGGAAGCUCCGGUUUGGGCGCCAGCGGAAGCGGAAUGGUCGGCGCGUCGCGUGAUCAUCUGAUGCAGGGCGUUGGUCAGCCAAUGCAACGCCGCAGCGAAAAACCACCGAAGCUACCUCCGCGGGAUAAUCUGUACGCAUCGCACGAGAUUGUGAAGCCCGACUACGAUGACAUUGAGGACGAGAAUCGCGUCAAGCUGCCACGUGGAAAAUCAGACAAAGGCAAAGAUAACAAGAAAUAUGUCAGCUCAUUCGUGUGCUUAUCUGCCAUCAAUAAGAACUAAUGCAUCAAUGAAGGACUAUUAUUAUAUACCACUGAGA